GCUUAAUGCAAAGAUAGGAUUGUCUUGACACCUUUUAUUAAUACUUAAUAAUAUGAUGUAUAUGGGUUAGAAUACUUCUUAUACUCAAUAAAUGAAAUGAUUUUUUUGGCUUUUCAAAAAAAAAAAUUAUAAGUUUAUAAUCUUGAUUUCUCAGCCUGUAUUGCUAGCAUCUCCUUCCUUCUCUUUUCUAUUGAAGAUACUAAGCAUGGCCUUAAUACUUGGAAACUUUUCCUCUCAACGUUUCCCUUCAGUGCCCGGUCUUUCUUCCAUGCAGAGAACUACUCCAUCUACUAAAUUUCCUGUGGCUUCCAUCGCCCAUCCGCCAAAGUCUAAAGAUUCUAGCAAACUCAUAAUCAAGAAGCCUUGCUUGUCAACUGAAAAGAUUGAAAUCUUCAAAUCCUUGGAUGAUUAUUGGUCGGAGAAGAACCUUUUAAUUCACCUGAAACCGGUCGAAAAAUGUUGGCAACCACAGGAUUUCCUACCGGAUCCAACUUCAGACGGGUUCAUAGAGCAAAUCGGGGAAAUGAGAGAAAGAGCAAAGGAAAUUCCUGAUGAAUAUUUUGUUGUGCUGGUGGGAAACUUGAUCACGGAAGAAGCCCUACCAACAUACCAAACAAUGGCCAAUAGGCCUGAGGGAGCUCAAGAUGAAACUGGGGCCAGCCUCACUCCUUGGUCAAUUUGGUCAAGGUCAUGGACAGCUGAGGAGAACCGGCACGGUGAUCUUCUCAACAGGUAUCUCUAUCUAUCUGGACGAGUAGACAUGAGGCAAGUUGAGAAGACAACUCAAUAUCUAAUAACAUCUGGAAUGGAUACUGGCAUAGGGAACGACCCAUAUCUAUUAGCCAUUUACACAUCAUUUCAGGAGAGGGCAACUGCUAUCUCCCAUGGGAGCAUGGGGAGGCUGGCCAAGGAGAAAGGAGACCUGAAAUUGGCUCAAAUCUGUGGCAUCAUCGCAGCAGAUGAAAAGCGCCAUGAGACGGCCUACAGUAAAUUAGUAGGAAAACUGUUCGAGGUUGAUCCAAAUGGAACUGUCCUGGCUUUUGCACACAUGAUGAGGAGAAAAAUCACCAUGCCAGGUGAGUACAUGUAUGACGGUUGCAACGACAACCUUUUCAUGGACUAUUCUGCUAUUGCACAGGGUGUUGGGGUUUACACUUUGGGAGAUUAUAUUGAUAUAUUGGAGGUCCUGGUGGAGAAGUGGAAAGUCAAGGAUCUUACUGGACUUUCAGCUGAAGGGCAAGAAGCUCAGGAAUUUGUCUGUGAUCAUUUACCUCGAAGACUUAGAAGGCUGGAGGAGAGAGGUGAAAGGAGAGUUAAGAAAAGACAAGCUCUUCCAUUUAGCUGGAUUUUCAACAGAGCAGUUUAAAUUCAUAAAGAAAGAAAAGAAGCAAGAUAGGCAGUAUGGAAUGAAAGAGCUUUUUCCUU